AGAUGACUUCUUCAGCAACGUUGUGUGCCGCGGUGUUGCUGUGCGCAUGUGUGGUGUCGACGCAUGCGCAACGAGCCUACACCAACAAGUACGACAACCUAGACCUGGACAAGAUACUGAGCAGCAAGCGGCUGGUGAAUAACUAUGUGCAGUGCUUGACCGACAGGAAACCGUGCUCUCCUGAGGGACAGGAGCUGAAAAGAGCGCUGCCAGAUGCAAUCAAGACGAAGUGUGCCAAAUGCUCGGAAUCGCAGAAGGACAAGGCCAUCAAGGUGAUAAGGAAGAUGCAAAAGGAUUACCCUCAGGAGUGGAAGACUCUGAUGGACAAGUGGGAUCCUAGCGGGAAGCUAAUGAAGGAGUUUGAGCAAGAGGCUCAGAAGAGGGCACAAGGCUGAACUUUGAACUAUUGGGAUCUACAGUAGCCACUCUGGACAUUUGGAUGGUUAAAGCUCUUACUUUGAACAACUCUUACAGAAGACAGGAGCAUUUACAAUUUGCAUGGUCAGAUUUUUGUUUUGGUUGGGUUUUGGAUAUUGUAACAAAUUGUUGGAAAACUGAGUUGUCAUUUAAUUUUUCCAUUUCAAAAACAUCUAUAGCAAAAAAUUAAUUUAUUGAGUUUUUGUAAGUACAAUUUUCAACAAUGAUAUUUUGAUCUGUUUAUGUGUUUACAAUAUCUCAUGGUUGAUCCUGAUCUAAUUGCGAUUGAAAGAGUGUCUAUUGUGUGCAUCCGUAUAGUUCUUGUUUGAUAUUUUUUCUUUGCCUGAAAAUACUCUUAAAAUAUUGGAAAAAGAAUUCUGUGAUGUUAAAUUUUAAAUUGAGAGAUUUAUGUCUAGGUGGAAUUUCUAAUUGUAUUCAUACUGUACCUAAAAUUUGUACUCUGUUUGUUUCUUGGUUUCUUAUUAAUAGCUAUGGAAAAUUGUAAAAAUAUAUAUGUUUUAUAACAAUAAACUAAGUACAGUAUUUUAUUUUUAUUUUUAACCAACAAUUUUAGCUCAAAUAUUUUAAGAAGAUUAAAUUAAAGCUCAAUUACUUCUGUUGA